ACUCAAGACGAAAAAAGUUGCCCCUGGUCAUGAAAAAAAAAAGCUAUCGGAAGCAAGAGAGAGUCCAGAAAUCACCAAGAAAAAUCCAGAGGGCGGACAUUCCUUUAAGCCUGGAAUUCGUUUUUUAUCUCCCUAAGCAAGAUGGUUGUAUCGCCUGUACGAAGGGAGCAUUUGUAGGCUAAAUCUUGCGGAUAUAGUCUAUUAAAGUUGUCAGAGUAUUCGCGGGUUGGCAGUGGACUAAGUUGUCUGACUUUCGAGUCGCUAACUUGCCACAAGAAGGCUAAUUUACUCAAGGCGGCUGCGGAAGAAAGGUAAUCGGCGAUCAUUGACCAGACCAGCACGGAGUAGGACCAUGUCAACUGAAGAAAGAUAUAAGUUGGUGGUCGUGGGCGGUGGAGGUGUGGGGAAAAGCGCCCUCACUAUUCAGUUCAUUCAGUCAUACUUCGUGUCUGACUAUGACCCGACCAUUGAAGACUCGUACACUAAAAACUGCAACGUGGAUGGAAAGGAGACAAGAUUAGACAUCCUUGACACAGCAGGACAAGAGGAGUUCGGAGCGAUGAGAGAGCAGUACAUGCGCUCCGGAGAGGGUUUCUUAUUGGUGUUUGCUCUUAAUGAUAGUGGCAGUUAUGAUGAAAUACAGAAAUUUCACACUCAGAUAUUGCGGGUGAAGGAUCGAGAUGACUUUCCUAUGGUUCUUGUUGGCAACAAAUCAGAUCUUGACCAGCAGAGAGUGAUCUCGAGAGAUGAGGCCAUGUCGUUUGCCCGAGAAAACAGGAUCCACUAUAUGGAGUCGUCAGCUAAGAACCGCCACAAUGUGGACGAAGCCUUCAUGGAGGUUGUGCGAGCAAUAAGGAAGUUUCAGGAGACGGAGAGUCCACCGCUCCCCGCUAAUCACGCGGGGAAGCAGAAGAGUGGUGGCUGUCCCUGCACCCUGCUCUGACUGCCCCUCUGCACUGUUGCCUAGGAGACUGAAGCCCUCACUCUCACGCCUGGUGCCUUAUAUGUCUACACAGUGUGUAUGCGUGUGUUUGUGCGUGCGUCUGUGUGUGUGUGUGUGUGUAUGGCACUGUAUGCAUCAGUGUUUUAGUGGCUUUUACAGUAUGUAUGUAUGAAUUGGUUUCCAAGAAGAAACUAGGCUAUAUCAAAUGAGAGCAAACCGUGAAUCUGUCGGAAAGAGGGAGUUCUUGCAUUUCGUCCACAUGCAUUGUAAAAUCAUGCUCUCGAUUUUAGAUUUAAACACAGUGUUUGUUUAUUUCCACCAUAGUAUGAGAUCGCAGACUGAUUGUGUGCCACAAAAGAGAUUUUUUUUCAACAAUACAGACAACGUAUAUUUAAACAACCACAUAAGUGAUCAUAGGCCGUGCUGACGAAGCUCUCGAUGUCGUUUGCAUGUCACAUAUUGGGUUCCUGACUCAAAAAGAAAAGUCAGAAAGUAUUUUAUUGGAGCCCAGAGCUCUGUUCAGCCUGUCUUCUCUCGAGGGAUUCAUUUAGUCAGUGAGACUGCACUGAAAUGGCUGCUCUAGUCUACACCUUGCUUCCCAUCAGUGGCAAGAAUAUAUUCAGCCAGCUUGUUUUUAUUAAUUUCUUCUUGAUAAAGCAAUGUGGGAUGACAUGAUGUGGUUUUAAUAAUUGAGUAUUUUUAGGUAGCGUGGAAACAGUGGGUCCAGUAUCUGCAAUGCUAGUAUUCAUACAAACCAAAGGCUAUACUGUACAUGUUUGCACACCCAGCUUUGUCAUCGUAAAUAGUUAUCUAAUGUAGUUUAACACUAAAAAUGGACAAAUUGUGUGGUUUUAUUGUGGGAUUAUUUUGAUCUUUUUUUUAUUUUGUUUUAGUUUGGAUUUGAAGGUACUUCUAUUUGUGCGUAUAUGCAGAACAAGGCAGUCUGUCUCCAGGUUCACAUGCUAUUGUAUAUGACAUGCUCGUGAUUUUUGCACCUUCAUUCGUAGAUAGUGAUGAAAAAGUGAAUUGCCAAAUGAAUUUACUAACAAAGCAUGGUAUUAAUCAGUGUUGUAAGGGAAUGAGUCACUCUGUAAAUAGGCAGAACGACCUCGUUCAGGGUGAGGAUAUAACAAGACUAGGUGCUUUUCCUUUUCACACUAGUUGUUCUUAAGGUAUACUCGUCUCUCGUGGGAGUCGCUACACCGCCUUUAAUCAAGGGAUAUGGAUUUUUUUGUUUCAAACUGUGGCAAAUUCUGUUGUAGAACAGGUUUGUCAGCUGCAAAUAACAACAAAGCACUAUUUAAUUUGCAAUGUUAGCAGAAUUACACAAUAAUAGGAUGAUUCUCAUUCAUAUCAUUUCAAUAUCAUGUCUUAAGUCUGAUUAUUUCAGUUUUUUAAUUUAAGCUGUUUUUGUUGGCUCUGGAGAAAUAUCAGACACCAUUUAUCUUCCAGUUUUGUAUCUAAAUCUAACAAUAUUCUUUUGUACACAAUUAAAAAUUGUCAUGUAAGACUUUA